AGGUUUCUCCUUCCAGUCUGGACUGUGAAUAAUUACAUUUCCACCCAAGCUCAUUUAUAUUAUUSUACUACACAAACCCUGUGGGGAUGGCCGUGCGGUUGGGUAAUACACAGCCCUUGCCACUCAAUUUUUGUGGCGACUCUCGUAAAAUCUGGAAGCGAAAAAAAACCAUACAGCGUUGCUUCUCAUAAGGGAAGAAAAGCAGGUUUGGCAAAAAGAGCUUCCUUGAAAGAAGAUGUUCUUCCCUAUCGUGGGAUGUUUCCAGURGAUAAAAGACUUCUAACCUUACAGAUCUACAAACUUCUUCAGUGUGUUCAUGAGAAAGACAAGAAGCAAAUAGAAAAUCUGCUGCAGAAAGGAUUCCCAGGUCUCAUUAAUUACACAGAGCCUAAGGAAGGAUAUAGUGCCUUUCACUUGGCCUCCAUGAAAAAUGACGUUGAGAUGUGCCGCUUCCUGCUGGAACAUGGUGCUCAUCCAAAUGUCCAUGACAAUAUGGGACGCACUCCAGCCAUGAARGCAGCUGAGCUAGGCCAUGAGUUGAUUUUGGAGUUAUUAGCAAAAGCUAAUGCAGACAUGACUGCUGUGGAUAAUGAAGGGAAAGGUAUUUUGUUUUACUGCCUUUUACCUACAGCACGACACUCCCACUGUCUACAGCUUGCCCUGGAAUAUGGUGCAGAUGUCAACAACUGUACUACCAGUGGGAGGUCUUUGCUUCUAUAUGCCUGUGAGCAAGCUCAUGAGGUUAAAGAAUAUUGCCUGCUUUUCUUGGAGAGAGGAGCAGAUCCCAAUGCAAGAGACCCGGCCACGUGGCGAACAGCCGUGAUGGAAGCUACAAGGAAAGGUGCUACCGAGGUGGUGCGUGCUUUGCUUCAGAAGGGAGCCGAUGUGAACCUGUUUGACUUUGACAGACACAGUGCUGCACAUUUUGCAGCCAGAGGAGGCUUUUUUGAGAUUCUGACGAUUCUUUCAGGUUAUAAUGCAGACUUGAAUCUGAUUGCUAUGAAUGGUAACAUGCCACUUCAUUAUGCUGCAGAUGGGGGAUUUGCAGAUUGCUGCAGGUACAUAGGACAAAGAGGCUGUGAUCCUACAUGGCCAAAUUUGUUACAUAUGAUCCCAAGGGAAAUUGCCAAACUCGGAGAGUUUAAAGCAGCAGCAAAAGUAUUGCGUAAACUUGAAAAAGCCUAUAAAAAUCGAGAUAAGAACCUUACCUGGCUCCUGAAGGUGUAUGACUGGUCCUUGGAGCACCAGGAGGAGAUGCGCAAGGAAUUUGAAAUUGAGGAAGGAGGAGAUGGGAUGGUGUCCAAAAAUGAUUUUAUGGCAGUUAUUCAGAAGUACUGGAGCACUGCGAGCCMGGAGCAAAUAGAAACCCUUGCUAAUAAGCAUGAAGGAUCUCACCCUGACAGGAUCAGCCUUGAUGAUUUUUUUAAAGGCUCAAAGUACGUGCCAAAAGCCUUUCUGCUGUCAUCCUAUGGGCCCAAAGGAAAGAAGAAAGGGGGGAAGAAAAAAGGCAAAAAAGGAAAAAAAGGAAAAAAAGGCAAAAAGGGCAAAAAAGGCCUCCCUGUGCCGAUCUGCAUAAUUCCAAAGAGUGACUGUGAACUUAGGGAAGAUGGCUUCCCUACCUACAUGGUUGAGGCUGUUCCAAACAUUCCUGAAAAGCAGCGUUUCAAACAGGAGCACCAAUCAGCCCAUCCCGUGCUCGAUGACCGUGCCUGGUAUGUCGAUGAGCCAAGGAAAACCUACAUUGAUAUCAACUACCUUGUCAGAGCAGGAGACUUUGUGUCUCUGCAGAAAGCAUUCGACGAGGAUGUGCCAGUAGACAUAAAAGAUAAAUACUUCAAAACACCUUUAAUGAUUGCAUGUGCAAGUGGCAACAUAGUUCUUGUGGAGUUUCUUCUGGAAAAGGGGGCUGAUGUAAAUGCAACAGACAAUUUCCUGUGGACUCCUCUGCAUCAUGCUUGCUAUAACGGACACCUGGAUAUCGCAGAGAUGCUUGUGAAGGCUGGAGCAGCAGUGGAUGCCCCUGCAAUAGGCAAUGCCACCCCACUGAUGAGAGCUGUCGAGGCCUGCAGACUGGACAUAGUCUAUUUUCUGAUGACUGCGGGUGCCAACAUCCAAGCUGUAAACAGCAAUGGAAAGAAUGCUCUUGAUCUCGCUCGAGUAUUUGAAGAUGCUAAAAUAAUUAAUCUGCUUGAAACGGAAAUGAAAAUUUUGGCAGAAGAACAAGAACAAGAAGAAGCAAAGCAACCAAAAGGGAAGCCAAAACCAGCAGAGCCACAGAAACCUGUGAUAAAAGAGGCUCCAGAGGAACCUCAGCCAGCUGAGGAAGAACCUGUUCCUGAAACAACAAAGCGCCCCCGUAAGGACAGUAGUGCUUACUGGAAAUCUUUGAGAGGCAAGAAAGACAAAAAUGACAUCUCCUUCAGACCCAGAAAAGUAUGGAGCCCUGAUCCCACAGCAAUAGAGCUCGGGAAAAAGCGAGCAUUGCUCCUUGAAUAUGCUGCUCUUCAUGGUUACAUGGAAGACUUUACAACCCUAUUCUACAGAAAAUUUGACAAGUAAGCACAGCAUYUGGAAGAAGCUAUUUCAGCACCUUGAGGAGACAAAGACCUAAAAGGCUACUCCUUUGCAAGGAAGGAAUCAUGCAGUGCUCUGUAAAUAUAUCUCAGUUACAAUAAAAGAA